CCGAAAGCAGCGGUUGCACCGGCUGCAGUGGCAUCUUCUCCUCAUUGCCUGCGCGGUGGAGUAGUGAAGGUCGAAGGGACAGCGGAUAGCGCAUUUCUGGGUGCAGAGUACUGUCGCCUACCGCCUCGCUUGUAUCUCCGUCUUUCAUAACUCGCAUCUCCUAAGCUCCUCGGAGCUACGGCGCUCGCAAUGUCCGCAAACUUGUCUCACGACGCGUUCACCUCCGGGGCCGAGCUGGGCAACACUGUCCGCGAGACCCGAGUCGCCCAGGGAUCGCAGAAAGGAAAAGUGAUCGCCGUUUUCACCAGCGGCGGUGACUCGCAAGGCAUGAAUGCGGCCGUGCGCGCCGUGGUGCGCAUGGGCCUCUAUCUGGGUGCCAAAGUGUACUUCAUUCGGGAGGGCUACCAGGGCAUGGUCGAUGGCGGCGACUUCAUUCAAGAGGCCACCUGGGUCAGCGUCUCGGGCAUUAUCCACAAGGGUGGCACAGUGAUCGGCAGUGCCCGAUGCAAGGAAUUUCGUGAACGUCCGGGCCGCCUGAAGGCCGCCAAAAACUUGGUCCAGCACAGGAUCACAAACCUCGUUGUGAUUGGCGGUGACGGUUCCUUGACUGGAGCUAACCUGUUCCGCCAAGAGUGGUCUUCCCUGCUCGAUGAGCUGCUCCAGAAUGGCAAUAUCACCCAGGAUCAGAGGACCAGUUGCAGUCACCUCAACAUUGUGGGCAUGGUUGGUUCUAUCGACAAUGAUUUCUGCGGCACCGACAUGACGAUUGGAACUGACUCAGCGCUCCAUCGCAUCAUGGAAUCCGUCGAUGCUAUUUCCACCACUGCAUCGAGCCAUCAGAGGACCUUCAUCCUUGAAGUAAUGGGAAGACACUGUGGGUACCUGGCUGUUGUGGCUGCCUUGGCCAGUGAAGCCGACUUUGUGUUCUAUCCCGAGUGCCCACCAGACAGUGAUUGGCCUAAUAUCCUCUGCAGCAAGCUGCUUCAGGAGAGAGAACACGGCCAGAGACUGAACAUCAUCAUCCUGGCUGAAGGUGCGCAAGAUAGGGAUGGGAACCCCAUCACGGCUGAGAUGGUCAGGAAGGUGGUAGUUGAUAAUCUGAAGCAGGACACUCGCAUCACAGUCCUGGGCCACGUCCAAAGAGGAGGGAGCCCAUCUGCUUUUGACAGAAUCUUGGGCUGCCGAAUGGGUGCAGAGGCUGUCCUGGCCCUGUUCGAGGCUACACCAGACUCUGAGGCUUGUGUCGUGUCCCUGGAUGGCAAUCAAGCCGUGCGAGUGCCACUUAUGCAGUGUGUAGAGAAGACUCAAGCUGUUGCCAAGUGCAUGGCCAACAAGGAGUGGCAGAAGGCAGUGCAGUUGCGGGGCAGGAGCUUUGAGCGGAAUGUUCAGACGUAUCGCAUGCUGACAAGGCUGAAUCCCCCAAAGUCUGCCAUGAACAAGCCUAGCUCGGAGGGCUAUCGGAUGGGGGUGAUGCACGUUGGCGCUCCGUGCUGUGGCAUGAAUGCAGCUGUCCGGUCAUUCGUCCGGAACUGCUUGACCCGUGGAGAUAGUGUUUAUGGAAUCCACGACGGUAUUGAAGGCCUUGUUGAGGGCAACAUCCAGCCCAUGGCUUGGAAUGACGUCGGCGGCUGGGUUGGCCAAGGCGGCGCCUUCCUUGGAACAAAGCGGACACUUCCAGGGGAAAUAAUGGAGCAAGUUGUGGCCAAGCUAAAGGAGUUCAGGAUUCAGGCGCUGCUCAUCAUCGGUGGCUUUGAGGGCUACCAUGCAGUGCUGCAGUUUGCUGAAGCCCGGGAAAGGUACCCUGAGUUGCGCAUCCCCAUGUGUGUGAUCCCCGCCACGAUCAGCAACAAUGUCCCAGGCACGGAGUUCUCCCUGGGUGCUGACACUGCGCUUAACGAGAUCACCGAGAUUUGCGACCGGAUCCGCCAGUCGGCUCAGGGAACCAAGAGGCGCGUGUUUGUCGUGGAGACCAUGGGUGGCUACUGUGGUUACCUGGCAACACUGGCAGGGUUAGCUGGAGGUGCCGACGCAGCGUACAUCUUUGAGGAGAACUUUGGCAUCAAGGACCUUAUGAACGAUGUGCUGCACAUGCAGGUCAAGAUGUCCGAGGGUGUCCAACGAGGUCUCAUCCUCAGAAAUGAAAAAGCCAAUGAAAAUUACACAACAGACUUCAUUCACCGACUGUACAGCGAGGAAGGAAAAGAUGUGUUCACUGCCAGGCAAAACAUUCUGGGUCACAUGCAACAGGGUGGCUCACCGUCGCCGUUUGAUCGCAACUUUGGCACCAAGACGGCCACUCGGGCCUUUGAGUGGCUUGUGCUGCAGGUAAAGGCCAACCUGCAGCCAAAUGGCAUUGUGAACGCCACCACUCCCGAGACCGCAUGCCUGCUGGGUCUCAUCCGACGGCAGUACUACUUCACGCCCGUGCAGGAUCUCAAGUCGCGGACUGACUGGAAGCACAGAAUCUCCAAAGAGGAGUGGUGGCUUAGGAAUAUUCGUGACCUGCUAAAGAUCUUUGCUCACCACAGCGUGGAUUACACAAGCUGCACAGCUGUUAUCAAGAGAACGCUUGAAAGCUCAAGAUGAUGUGGCUGACGACAGCCAGCAUUAGUUCGAAGCCAUAUCCUUGAUCACUCACUUUCGGCAAUGCUUUCACACUUGUAUCUUGACUCGACACUCCUACAUGUUGCAUUGCCGAAGUACUCGACAUUUAUGGAGAUCACAGUCUUGUCAGUGAACUUAGCAACUAUGCUAACUGAAGCAGGGAUGGGAAGUGUCACCAAGGUUGCACAUUGGACUCAUUGAUGCUGCAUAAUCUGUUUCCCAGCGCGUUAGGACAGCAGGAAAGGACACACGCAGGGCUGUGUGUGUCCUUUUCUAUGGUCCCUGUCUAAUGUGCUGGCAAACAGAUGAUGAAAAGUGUGUUCGCCUGAAAGUUGAUUUUUUCACUGCACCCACUUCUGCUAGUUUAGCCAAUCAGCCUGCGCUGAAGGUUAAUAUUGCCGAGAGCGAAUGAUCUGAGUUUAUGGCCCCUGUGAGCGAGCAUGGAUUAUUGUACUGUGUUAUCACUACUUUGUGUUAAAAAUACACGCUAAAGAGCAGCACCAAAGCAGAUUAGAUGGUAAGGAUAUUCUCUCUUAGGAUCUAAUCGCAUUCAUUUGGCACAAAACGUUCAGUUACUAGUGAGCAAAAUCAGGGCCAAAUUUCUCUAUUUGAAUUACAUGCCCAAAAUGCACCGCCAGUAUGUUAGUGUGACAUCACAAAUUUCAGAGCAGUUUUACAUGCUCGGGCUGUACUGCGUGUAAAAUGUGGUAGUAACGUACAAUUUUUGAGUCUUUUGUUCCUUCUGAAUAGUGUAAUCCAUGGUUAUCAACAACCAGUUGUUUAUGGCAAAAUCUGUCAAAAUAUUUUACUUCACAAGGUGGUGCUUGUGCGGAAACUUCAAGGUGGUGUCGUUCUUGCGCCUUUUCUGACUUAUAGUAAGAUUUCACUUACAGCAAGCCUGCUCUUUUUGGUACAUCAUAAGUGUGAUUUGCCAAUACACUUUAGCUUUGUGCUCCUCAUUAACAUCUCUAGAGAGAAGGUUGUAGCUGUUAUGACUCGCAAGUAGAGACAUGUUACAUCAUUUUAUCAGCAACUUUGCACAAGCUGCUUAUGUGCUAUGUAGCCUUUGUUUAAUAUUAACAAAUUUGUAUUAUGCAUGUGCAAGUAUUUCAAACUUUAGGACGCAAAUCGAAUACUUGUUUUUGAAUUGAAGUAUUUCAACUUAGAGUUUAGUAUUUGAGUUUCUUUUUCCUAUAUUUCUUAUGACCUAAUAUAAGUGGUUACUGCAGUUAUUGGACAUUGGUUGUCGUAAUAGAAGGCCACACACAUGCUCUGCUAGCCACUUCAAGUGCUUGAUGUAAGGCAACCGAGAAGUGAAGUUGUCUGUCACUUUUCACACAUGUACAAGUUGUCCUUUUUAAUGGACUGACAAAUAGCAUGUACAGCACAGUCUACUUUUAAAGGGAAUAUCUGAUUAGUACUUUAAGUAACUUGAAUAUAUGAACUUUAUAAGAGGUGCCUGAUGCUGUGCUUUAGGUAGAUCUAUAAUAGUAAAAAGAAGUUUUGUCAAGGUUUCAUGCCAUGCCAAAACUGAGCUGUAAUAAUUCACUAACUACUAAUUUUGUGUUCCCUUUAACUGUAGACCGUAUUGUACAUUGCUUGAAAUUGUUAUUUUGCCACAUUUUGUCUGUUUCUUUUUUUCCUUCAUGGAGAGAAGAUAUUCAGUAUUCAAUUCAAUUCCUCUAAAAGAUCUUCGCUAUCCAAACGAGGAGUUUUUAUAAAUCUACCCAAGGUACAUGGCACAAUUGUUUGUACAUGGGCUAGUUAGAAAGGCGGACACAAUAUACUCAACAAUCUGCAAAAACAAAUGAGCUAAUGAACAGAUAUUAAGUUUUGAUAAGUUGGCUUAGGACACAUUUCUGUGUUGCAGAUUUGAAGCCAAUCAGUUCCCUUUGCCAAUUCAUUUUUUUUAGAAUUUUUUAUAUGAUUGUUUGUCAAGGCACCUAUUGUUAAAUUGCAAUAAAAAUCAGCCAUUUGUGUUUCUUAAAAAGGGAAAGCUGCCCUGAUGCCCCUUUCCACUUGACCAAUGUGCAGGCUGUCCACAUUACUUUAGUUGAGCGGCUGACAAGAUCAACUCAGUGCAAGUUGGUCGGCUAGUUGAUUGGACAUGACCAUAAAGUGCGUAAGAGAUGAGGGCACUGAAAAGGCGAGAAUCCUCAGUUGAAGGGGGCAGGCUUCGUCAUAAGGGUGGAUGAAGGUCUUCAAGCAUAAAGACAAGCAGUUUGAUCCAUCACCUUCUCUUUUUUUUUUUUUUUGCACACUGUCCGUGCAUAGUGUCUCAUCUCUCAUUCCCUCGGGACAUUCUUGUCUUCCUUCUUACCAGGCACAAUUACUAAUAGCAGACAGCAGCCAGUCUGCGGGAGUCAACAAGCAUGUAGGACAGAGUUGAUCAGUGCAUGUAACAUUGACUUCUUUGUUUUGUGUCGUCUUUUAUGUUACACCAUAUAAAACAGUCACAUGAGCUGAAGCAAAUUUGCACAUACUGCAGUGUUGGUGUUACCAUAUUGGCCACCUCUAUCACCCCAGUGACAACAGUGACGUCCUAUGGUUCUUACGGACAUCCACUGCCAGGACAUGGAUAUCCUAUAGCUGUGUCGAAUACACUCUUCGGACAUCACCACACAAUAUUUUGGCCACACUUUCCGUGUCCUGCGGACAUCCUUUUCAUGUCCAUGAGGGACAUCAUGGGGGCGUGCUGCGUACUUUUUACAGACAUAUGCCAGGGCCUUUUGCACAGUGUUUGCCAUAAUGUCUCUUACAGACGUACGUAGCACACGCUGUGUGACAGAUGUAAGGGGCAGAGCGCCCAUGCAUCAAGAACACGUACGUUUUGCGUACACGUUAUGUACAUGUGUGGGGAGGUGCAACAUACUCCUCAUUCUUAGGCCUUCCGCCAAGCACAAGUGGCUUAUUGAUAUAACUGAAGUUUUUAAAGUAGAUUGUGUCAGAAGAUUUGUUAAGUACGACGUACACACGAGCUGCGCACAUAACUUCGGAUUGUAAUUCAAAGAUGCGUGAAAACAAUUGUUUUUGGGAGGAAACUCGAAGACAAAGCCUUAACUGGAGGAUAAAUAUUCACGUGUACCUCAAAAAAGGUCCAUGUGGGGUAACCUUGGGUCAUACAUUUUAGGAUAUCCAAAGCGGGUCCAUGUGCGAUAUCCUUGGGACAUAAGUGGUAGGAUAUUCAAAACUGGACGUUCAGCGGAUGUCCUAUUUGUAUCCAAAACACUUCAUGGACAUUGACACAUGAUUUGGAUGUCCUAUGGACGGAAGUGUUCCCACUGGGACACCUAUUAAAUGGGGUGCUUUCUGCAGUGAAUCUAAAAACUAGGCUGUGGGUUUGAUUUUCGAACACGGAAGCCUGGGAACAUGGGCCUGUUGGGGUAGAAUGUGAAAUGCUUGUGUUUGUGGAUAUAAGUGGACAUUUAAAGGGACUGACAACCAAUUUUCAUGGUACCUACUUUUUAGUGCAAUGGAAAGCUUACUGGUCAGUGUCCAAUCAUGAAGUGGUAACGCGGGAAACGCUGUGGAACAUUUUUAUCCGAAUUUUUUUAUCUGCAGUGAGGAUGUCGUUCACUGGAAGCAUGCUGAAAAUGGUGAUAGGUGAGCGCGAUGGCGACUAUAUGCCAGCAUUAGUGGGAGGCAGAUGACAAGUGCGGCCGUAACUGUGAGAAAGUGUUAUUUUGUUUAUGAAAUCGAUGUUCCUAUGAUUAAUGUUUUCCGAAAUGUUAAAGUAUUUCUGCGAUAAUAGCUACGUGUUUUCAUGUUUUCUUGUCCAACUGCUUUGGUAUUUAACCAGUCAGAAGGAAACCAAUCAGAUCGAAGACGAAACGACACUUUUACCCGUGAUAUGCAGUUCAGCAUGUUGCCUUAGCCAUGCGUGCGCUUUUGAUUUUCGAAGCAUAGAAUAAAGCUAAAGUGUCUAAUAAUAUGGCAACUGCAAUUUUAAGCAAUAAUUAUGUGCUUAAUAACGGCGACUUGUGUGCAGUAAUUUCAUAGACUGUCCGAAGUACCAAGAUUUCACCACCAGGCCUCACCGCUUACUGGUUUUUUAGACAUUGUUUGCCAGUUUAAAGUUAUAAUUCCUGCUUAAAUUGCAAACCGCGUGCUGGAUUAUAUCACUAUAAAGCAUGGUCCUUUUAUUUCCAUUAAUGUCUCGCAACACACUGGCCAGUUGUCAGUCCCUUUAAGAACACAGGUGGUCAAAAUUGUUGCAAAGCCCUUUAAUAUGCUUCGACUCGUACCUUAUUCCUUAAGUUUGGAAUUUAACACCCCAUCAAUCAUUGUGCUCUGGCGUUUCAGGCCAUGUGCGCUUGAACAUAGCAGAUAAAGUGUUGCCUUUUAUUAUCAGUAUCACUAAGCAAGAAUUCUGGGAGAUCUGCGUGACUGUUAGCAGCCUUGCCUCAUAGAUGGUAAACAGUUGCUGGGCUAUAGAUGCAGUGGUAGCACAGGUGAUUAAAUUUUUACAUAUAUGUGGUUAUUUGUGAAAAAAUUAUCUUUCUAUGGCCUUGAAUAUUUUUUCAAGUUUAUAUAGCUGUCACAUAAGAUGACACAGCUCUGAAAUAUUUGCCUGCAGUCUAUUUUAGUUUGUAGCUGAAGGAGUUAUUGGUAGUUCUUUGUUCAUAAGAUGUUAUACAGCACCAGUAGUAGACUAGACAGAAUUUCAGUGAAAUCCAUAGCAGGACAGCAACCUGGCUUUCUGAUCCACUGCCACCGCAACAUGUGAAGUUGGUGACAUCUGGUGGCACGUUCUAAGCGUAGCGCUGCCGCUUUCCCCAAGGCCGUACAUCAUAGCACAGGCAGAAGUGGGCACGUUGCUAGGAAGGCAUUUUUUUGCAAAUUCUCAGUGCAGCGGAAGACGUUGCUCAUGCCAAAAGAAAAUUCGUUAGCUGCUGUUUGCUGUCAAAUUUUAUAAAGCCUUUGUGCCUUGGAGAAUAACAGGCUUCAAAUCUGCUAUAUAGAAGUAGCCCUAAUUAAGAGGCUGAUUGGUGAAUUUCCUGACUAGCCAAUUCACUAUUGGAUCACGCAGAAUGUGUCCGCUUUCCGAUACAUCUCAGCUGCAAAGGCAAAAUUGGAUUAUUUGAGAUACAUCCUUUCUUUUAUUUUUUUAAGAAUAUGUUCCACUGAUUUAAAAAAUGGCUUUGAAAUUUGUGAUGUCGUGUGAUGUUACUUUAUACAGAGUAACUGCUACCAUUUUAAUCUGCUCUCAAUUCUUGCAAUUUGGCAGCUGUAAACUCUCAAGCUGUUAUUGUAACUUGUAUAACUGUGACAGUUCUCAUUAAUUGAGUUGUAGAGAUAUGCCACAUGAAAACCUUGUUUAGUACAUUACAUUUUGUAUGGUUGCUGUGCUGAGAAGACUGCUGUGAUUUGCUCGCCCAAUUGCUUGUGUGACGACGAUGCCUACCUAAAAGCAGAUAUGUGUGAUCAUUCAUCAAUGCAAAGGAAUGUUUUAUGACCAGUGAGAUUUUACUAAAGAUGCAAACUUAAUAGUGACAAGGAAAAGCCAAGAAAUCUGUAUUUUUGUCCUUUUGGUGUGUGCAUUUUACAUUCCAUACUAUGUUCUAUUCGGAAGCAAUGUGCACAGGAGCUUAUUUUCUGCCUUGUUAGCAUUUUGUCUUCUUCCAGGCUUUGGUGAUAUAUUACAUAGACACUUAUAUUUUAUGUGUUUUUAUACACCUCAUGAAUUGUUAAAGGGGUGAAGACAUCAAAAUUUGCGUUCAUGCGUUUGUUGAUUCAAACGUUGCGUCAUGCUUCAGGGAGCACGAAACACACAGCGGGAUUCAUAUAUAUCCGAUAAAUAAUUUAAUAAUAGUAUUAUUAUACCGAGCGAUUUCGGUUUCGGUUUCUGGGCUCCGGGGGAUGCUAUGACGUCACAGAGGAGGAAACGCAACAUGGCUUGGUCACGUGGGCCACAAAAAAUAGUGACGUAAAACGAUGCUGCGUCGUCUGCUCGCGCGUACGCUUGCUCUCCCAGCAGAGGUAAACAACUGGCGAUUCGAAGUGCAUGUCGCGAUUAUUAUAAUUAUUGCGAAGAGCGACAAUUGCGACAUGUGAGAGUCGGUGAUUCAUUCCGAAGCACCGUAAGCUUUAGCUUUGAAGUCAACCGGAAAAGGCCUAGCGACGAUAUCGGCGGCGCCGAACGAUCAGAGGCGGUGAGGCUGCCGUCGAUGCCAGAGUGACCACUCCUCGGUCGCUGAUUGGCUGCUUCGCCGUACGGCUGCCGCACUAAUGGGUCCCGGGCCCGUCCUCUCUACGACAAGGAAAUCUCGCCGUUCGCGAGCAAAACCACCAUCGCACGGGGGCUCGCGAACGGCAAACGGCGUGCGGCGAGUCUCCGUGCCGGUAACGUGGACGGGCCCUCACAUUGAGAAAGGCCAAGCGAACGAGAGACCGCUCCGAGCUGCCGAACUAUGUGACUAUGCGAGGAGAGAGGCGGACAACACGAACGGCGCAUAUCCUGGUCCCUUUCGGAGUCGGCCGACUACACGCAGUUUGCCGUUGGCGGGCCGCCGUGCGGCGUUCGUGUUGUCCACUUCUCUCCUCUUGUGUCCGUGUCUGCACGCCUUACCCCUUCUUUGCAUUAAGAAAGGAUUUCUAUAUGUCUGUAGCUCGGUCAUAGUGGAGGCUAUGCUCGGUCGCUCGGCUGAGCAGGCUCCGUAAUCGGCAUUUCAUCGCUACUCAUCAUACGUCACGUUUUUGUGCUCGUGUGCUAUGACGUCAAUAUUUUCGUUCCUCCUCUGUGACGUCAUAACUGCCGCGCUAGCGAUGGGUCUCGGCCACGAGAAGGAGUUUUUAAUGACUUUUAGGAGCUGAAUUAAAAUUAUUUUGAAAUGUUUCCAGCGUCCAAUACCUCGUUCUGGGUGUCCUUGCAUACGGAAGCAGCCUACAACAUGCUUUUUAUAGCCUCAAAAUUUGGUGUCCCAACCCCUUUAAGGAGAAAAUUUUACAUCUAGAUUUCAUUAAUCGAGAUAAUUGUCUUAAGCUCUUGGGUUGGGUGCUAGGUCCACGUCACUUUCUCAUUUGCUGAGAAUUUUUUGUUCCAGGGAAAUGAAAUAGUGCCAAAGACUGCUGAAGCAUAGUUCAUGUGUGGUGUAGCCUUAUAUGCAAAACAAAAGCAAACCAUUUGUAAUAUUGUAUGUUCUUUUGCCUCUCCUUCAAACCUUGCUGCUUGAAUCAAUCUGUUGCAAAUUCUCACCUCUUCUAUAUAUGAACAUUUGGUUGCACUUUUUUGCCAUAUUUGAUGUUGCAAGAAUGUGUAUUGUACACAGCAUUGUUGAUUGUCACACAAGUGUUUUCUGCUGUAACCUUUUCUUGCAUCAUGAGUAUACAUGCUUUUGAAGGGACGGAAAUAUAACACACACAACUAUCUACAUCUGUAUACAGGAACUGCUAAAUCAUGCCUAACAUAUAUUUAGUACUUCUACAUUGUAUAAAGAGUUGGUGUACUAAAAAUGAACUUGUUAAUAGGUGUUGUUGA